ACGAGUUACAUUCAUAUGAAUCAUGAAUUUACCGCGUCUUAUGAAUAUCGAAAAUAUUUUUCGAUUAUUUAGUGCUUUUGUGACACAUUGUGACCUAUCACCGAGCAUGCCUCAUAUAAUAUGAAUAUAGCCUUUUGAAGAGUAUGCAUCAGUAUCUAAAAAAUAAGGAAUGUCCAUUGCUUAGUGAAGACGUGCUGGCAGAACUGAAGAACAAUGGCAUCAAAACUGUUCUUGCAUUCCUGUCAAGGGACUCGGAAGCGCUCAUACAUGCUUGUAGUCUCACUUAUCAGGAGGUGGUAUCUGUCAAGAAGGUGCUUUUCGCAAAAUAUUCUGCUCUGCCAUGCUCUGCAACUGACUUGUUGGAUCAACCAUCUGUUGCACCUCUGGCUUCAGGUUGUGACAGAGUGGACGGUCUGCUGGGCGGCGGUCUGCCGGCCGGAGACCUGGUCGAGCUGUGCGGCCCGUCCGCCGUCGGCAAGACCCAGCUGUGCCUGGCCUGGGCGGCGGCCGCCCUGCUGGCCGGCGCACGCGUCCUCGUCGCCGACGCCAAGUGCGAGUUCAGCGUGGCCCGGUGUCGACGUCUCCUGAGACGCCGCGGCAGGUCAGCGCAGGAGUGCGACCGGCUGCUGGAGAGACUGCAGUACGCGCAGGUGUUCUCCAUGCAGGAGCUGCUGGCUCUGCUCGAGGCGGUGCGCAGUCGGCGCCGGCUGCACGCCGGGCUGCGGCUGCUCGUGGUCGACUCUCUGGCCGCCCUGGCGGCACCUCUGCUGGCCUCGCCGGGCUUCAUUGGUUUCGGCCUGCUCACCGAUGUGGGCACAACGCUCAAGUCCGUGGCGGCCGAGUGUCGGCUCACAGCGCUCGUCACCAACGACCUGGUGCAGUCGGAGCCGGGCGGCGGCGAGCGGCCGGCGCUGGGACUCGCCUGGCUGCACGUGCCGCACCACCGGCUGCUGCUCAGUCGAGAGACGAGCACCGCGCCCGGCCCGCUGGCGCAGCCGCCGCGCGCCGGGCCGCGCCGCACCGCCACACUCGCGAAGAGCAUCAGCGCGCCGUGCGGCACGUCAGCCGACUUCCUGGUGACGGGUGCCGGCGUCGAAGAGGCCCCUACCGCUCAGAAACGAAGUGCGCCGGAGGACUAACCUGAGCAGAGGGCCGCUCACUGCUCACGUCUCCGUAUCGGUUGCAGUUUGCACUCAUGACUCACAGCAGGGAUCAGUGAUCUGAGUGGUGUGCUUAUGCUGCAUGUCACCUGUGAAGCGUUUGCGAUUUGCGUCAUCAAACCGUCAUCUUAUCGUGGACCACUGUUAGUCCGUGAUCCGUUAGUCAUGCUGUGAUAUCUUGGAAUCCGUGCCGUGCUCGAUGCUGCGCUAGGUGUGUGAUCGCUUAUUUCGGUUAUAUGACUGCUUCUGAGUAGGUAAGCUCCACCAAUAUUGUCCCUGAGCAAAAGGAGCAAAAAGUUCAGUCGUCAAGAGUUUCCCUUUUCAGCAUCAUAAGUCUGUGAUAUUGCACAAUGUUUCCUUUAAGAACUUAGUCCUAUUAUUUGGAAGUGGUGAUAAACUCUCUCUCUCACAUUGCAUUGCGUAUGCUGUCAUCUCCUUGAUUGUGUAAAAUUGGUGAAUGGUGGUGCUCUCUUUCCAUGAGAUCGAGGUUGCUGUACUUCCAAAUACAGACUAGAAAACUA